AUGAAUUGCUCUGCGCUUGAGCGGUCUGCUCGUUAUGCUGGCAUCUGUGACGUUUUGCGGCGCAGCCACGCGCCGGGGUACCGCGCCUCCCAGAUUGUGCGUUCCGUUUACCAAACGAAGGUGCCUAGCUACCUAGACAUGCUACAUAUCCCACGCCAGCUUCGUGAGAAUCUUCAUGAGCACUUUGAGGGGUCGUUACUAUCCUUGAAGGCGUGUAAUACCCACAAGUCCGACCGUGCGUGCAAGGUUUUAUUUGAGUAUCGCGAUGGCAGCAAGGUCGAGGCCGUGUUGCUCAGCUUCCCAACGCACAAAUCGCUUUGCAUAUCCAGCCAGGUCGGCUGUGCUUAUGCAUGUUCCUUUUGCGCCACCGGCAGGAUCGGUCUCAAGCGGAACCUGUCAGUCGACGAGAUUACAGACCAAGUGCUCUAUUUUCAACAACUAGGACACAAUAUCGACAGUAUUUCUUUUAUGGGUAUGGGUGAGCCUCUUUCGAACCCCAAUGUGUUCCGGGCCAUGAGGGUGCUCAGUGACCGCCAAUUGUUCGGCACAUCAUCCCGAAGGAUAAACAUUUCAACAGUAGGAAUACUGCCAGGAAUAAAGAAGCUUAAUCGAGACCAUCCUCAGGUCAACCUUGCCUUUUCUAUGCAUUCCCCCUUCACUGAUCAGCGAAACAAGCUAGUGCCGGCCAAUAAUGUCUACCCUUUUCAAGAGGUUUUCGGCCUACUGGAUGAGCGCAUCCGGCUCACUGGGAAGCGUGUCUGGGUGUCGUAUGUGCUCAUGAAGGGCGAAAAUGACACGGUGGCUCAUGCCGAGGAGCUUGUAAAACUAAUUAAGAAACGACCAGAAGAACUUCAGUACCUCUACCAUGUAAACCUGAUUCCGUACAAUACAGCGCGUUCGAUCGGUGUCUACGAGCGUACUGAAGAAAACGAUAUAGACAAAUUUAAGGGUGUCCUUAAGAAGAGCAAAAUUUCCUACUCUUUCCGGUACGUGUAUUCUAUGCGUAAACGCAUUUUGCGCAGUAAUCACUUCGGCCAAACAAUCGACGCAGCUUGCGGGCAACUUUUUGCCGGUACGUUACAGGAAUCCCAUUUUAACAUGAUCGCAGACUACGAUCCCGCUGAGCAGUCCCAGCUCUUCGGACACCGCCGGAAGUUGAAGACCAACUAA